AUGUCGCUCAUUGGCGAUCAUGUCCGCCGCUUGGACGCCUACGUCGACCGGUUACAGCUGCGAGGCCUUGCGGAGGCCGGCGUCGAGACGAGCCAGCAGCGGGAGGCCGCAGCAGCCGGGGCGAGAGACGCUACUACUACGACGACGACGACCACCACCACCACCACACAGGAUGUGAGGAGGGCAGCGAGGAGGACGGGCAGGGCGCAGGAGGAACUGGGAUCAGUCCAUCCGCCGCUCCUUGCAGCUGCCAGAGCCCUUUCUGGGGGCCAUACGCUGAAGCCGGCCAGGGUGCUCGACCACCUACGCCGUGUCCAUCGCCUGCAGCAGGCCAUACAAACCGCCGAGACGAGGUACACCGAAUAUGAAGACAAAGACGCAGAAGAAGGAGACUACGAUGUACCGGCCAGAGAGUAUACUACGAGUCUGCUGUGGCUGGUGGCCUCCAAGGCUACGGUGCAGACGUUUGCCGCCGUCAUGAGCUCGAUGGUCGACGAGACGGUCCCCCUCAGCGACGGCAUCUGGUACUGGGACGAGGUGCUUGGGUCGGCCUUCUACUCGGGUCUCUACACCCUCCAGACAGCGCCGGCACGCUGGGCGAGCUACCUGAUCAGCAUAUAUCGGAACAUCCGGCAGAUGGGCAGCAACGAUAAUGGUAAUAAUGCUCGUCAUGCUCGCAGGGGCAGCUCUGCGGAGGACCUUAGUGUUGGCAGCGGACUCCACGAUGGCACCACUUUGAUGGCACGAUGGCGGGCCUUCUACCGGCUUGUCCACCACAGCGUCAGAGCUCGUCCCGUCUCCAGCUCCCAGGCCAGAGAGCUCGUCCUCUCGCCCUUUCAAUUGGCCCGCUGCCGGGCUCGAGCUAGCCGCAGUGGCCUGCGCAGGCUGAGGGAGAUGACCGCCUGUGCCGUUGGCCUGCUCAUGGAGGAAGGUCUCCUCUUCGACGUGGCUGACGAGGACGAGGCCAUCACUCCUCCUGCUAUUAUCACUCCGGAUGCAGGCCCUGGUGCUAGUGCUGCCCCGGAUCCAGCGCCUUCAUCGUCAAAGAAACAUGACAGCCCAGACGAAUGGCGGGAUCUCGUCUCGCGGACCACCGUGCUCAUGCAGACUGUCCUCCAGCACGUCAACAAUCUGGACACUGACCUGACCGGGUUCGAAGACAAUGUCUUUUCCACCGUCGGGAGCGGGAUACGCGCCAUGGAGGAGUCGCUGGUGACUAUUGACGAAACUGCUGGGACAGGCCGCUCUCCCAGCCCAACCGACCAGGCCUACCUGGUCAUCCAGCUGCUCAUCGACGUGCUUGAGCACCAUCUCCCUCAUCAGCAAGAGCAGAGCCGCCUGCUUGCCUGCAACUAUGCCCGCCCCUCAAGACUGGUGCGCUACUGGCCUGCUGCAUUGGCGCUCCUCCUCUCCUCCAGCACCGUGCUGAACAUCCUCACCAGCAGACAGGCAGAGCUGCUCACCUGGCUGCGCGAGCUCGGGUCGACCGUGUCCGACUUUUGGACAAACUGGAUCAUCGAGCCUCUGACCAGGCUGGUGGGCACUAUCCGGCACGAUGAGAAGAGCGAGGUUGCUCUCAUGAGCAAGAACAGCCUCGACGCCGACUUCUCCAGCCUCGAGCGCAUGGUCGUCGACUUUGUCCGCACCCGCCCGUCUCAGGACCUUGGCCUCUCCGGCCACCCCGAUGCUCUCGACCUCAUCCGCCAGGGCGUACGGCAGGGCGACCUGACCCCCGUCCUGCGAGCGUACGAACGGGACCUGCAGCGGCCCUUCAUCGGUGCCAUUCGCGGCGACCUCGUCACUGCCUUGCUCAUCCAGAUCCAGAAGACCAAAGUCGACGUCGAGGUGGCCAUCAGCGGCAUAAACUCCAUCCUCAAGAGCCAGGAGCUUGUUUUUGCCUUCAUCGGACUUACUCCCAGCAUCCUGGUGUCCUAUGCAACCGUACAGUGGGCUGCAGGCCUCCUCGGCAGCAGGAGAGGCCUACGGCAGGGCCAACGACGCAGCGAAAUCGUCCGUUCUCUCCGUACCGUCAACCGGAUCCUGAUGAGCUCUCUCCCCUCGCAAACGGGAGUCCUCUCGUACAAGGACCACGGUCUCCUGAUAUGCGAGGCCGAGACUCUGCGACGAAGAGCCGAGCGAGUCCUCCCAGGAGCCAUCUACCAUGAGUUCCACGAGGACCUGAACGACCUGCUGAACGUGAGAGCUGGCAUCGCCCACCAGAUGAAAGUUGUCGACCAGAUCAGAUGGACAUAUUCCAAAUGGAUCUACUCGUAG